CCCCUUGGCUGAUGGUCAGGUAGAGGCGGGUCUUCUGCAUAGUUGGAGGAAAGGGCAAUGUGAUUCCAAAGUACCGGCAGAUGCAAGAUCUGUGAAUUAUUUUGUUUAAUUUUCGUACUGGGAUUGGGUAGAUCGGAGAGAAGACCCGCGCGUUUGACUCAGCUCCCCGGCCUGGUGCCGUUGGGUCGAUCGGGCGCCAGGCCUUGUGCGCCUGCGCGACGCCAGGGCCGGACAUGGGGAAGAAACACAAGAAGCUGAAGUGCGAGUGGCGCUCGUACGACGGAUUUAUUGAUAAACCCUCUGAAAAACCACUUAAGCUUGUGCUGAAAGUCGGAGGAAGUGAAGUAACUGAGCUUUCUGGCUCAGGCCAUGAUUCCAGUUAUUAUGACGAUCGAUCUGAUCAUGAGCGAGAACGGCACAAAGACAAGAAAAAGAAGAAGAAAAAGAAAUCUGAGAAAGAAAAACAUAUUUCAGAUGAAGAGCGUAGAAGGAGAAAGGAAGAGAAGAAGCGAAAACGUGAGAAAGAACAUUUAGAUAGUGAGGCUGAUGCUGAUGAGUUUGACCCAGGGAAAAGGAUUGAAGUUGAGCCCCCUACAGAUCGACCAGUACGAUCCUGUAGAACAAAAGAACAAGCUGAAAGUGAGAAUACACCCCUGCAGCAAUUAUUAGAGCACUUUUUACGCCAGUUACAGCGGAAAGAUCCUCAUGGAUUUUUUGCAUUCCCUGUUACGGAUAGUAUUGCACCUGGUUAUUCUAUGAUAAUAAAACAUCCAAUGGAUUUCAGUACUAUGAAGGAUAAAAUUCUGGCAAAUGAAUAUAACUCCAUUACAGAAUUCAAGGGUGACUUCAAGCUGAUGUGCGAUAAUGCAAUGACUUACAACCGACCUGAAACUGUGUACUACAAAGCUGCAAAAAAGCUGCUUCACACAGGAUUUAAGAUGAUGAGUAAAGAGCGUCUGUUAGCUUUGAAGCGCAGCAUGACAUUCAUGCAGGAGAUCGAUUUUUCUCAGCAGGCAGCACUGUUAGGCGAUGAAGAUGUAGCACAAGAAGAAACUGUUACAGAAGUUACUAUAGUACCUGUCGAAACAACAACCAAAAAAUCCAAGAAGCAAAGUAAAGAGGUCAUCAGUUACUUAUAUGAGCCAGAAGGAAAUGCAUGCAGUUCAACUGACAGCACUGCUGAGGAACACGUCUUGGCAUUGGUGGAACAUGCAGCGGAUGAAGCCCGAGAUAGAAUUAGCAGAAGUGCUGCUAAUUCUAAGAUUGGCUACCUCAAAAAGGAUGGUGAUGGUCCUUUACUCUUUGCUGUCGUAAACCAGUCCGAUCCAGAGACUGAAGAGGAAGAGGUUCACCCAGUGGAUCUGAGUUCCCUUACAACUAAACUCCAACCAGGCAUCAAUACAAUGGGAUUUAAAGAUGAUCGGAGAAACAAAGCGUUAUCUGUUACUUAUCUCAACUGUGUGUACACUGCACAGUCCAUCCAAAACAACACCAUCUUCCCAAAUUUGACUCCAGAGGAGACAGAAUUGCUGUAUUCCACAUAUGGAGAAGAAACUGGGGUUCAGUGUGCCUUAAGUUUGCAAGAGUUUGUUAAAGAUUGUGGAAGCUCCACGAAGAAAAUGGUUGAUGAUUUAUUGAAUCAAAUCACAGCAGGGGAACAUUCCAAGACCAUCUACCACUUAUCACAGAAAAGAAAUAUUGAGCAAAAAACAAAUAAAGAUACCAAAAUGAAUCUUGAUGAAGUGCAGGCUCCAGCUAUUUUUAUAAAAGAGGAACCCAAGAUGCAACCUGUCUGUACAGAGAUAUCAAAGCCAAUAAUGGCCGGAGAGGCAAAUGGGAGUGCAGGCGACAACCGGCCUGGUCUGGAUUUCAUUCCUGUGAAGUCUUAUUCUGAUGUUUCCUUAGAUAUUUCUUUACUGAACUCACUAGGGAAAGUAGUGAAGAAGGAGCCUGAUCACGAUGAUAACCAGAGAAAUCUAGAUGAGACCACCAAAUUGUUGCAGGAUUUGCAUGAGGCUCAGACAGAACGUGUCGGUUCCCGACCUUCUUCAAAUCUCAGCUCAAUCUCCAGCAACUCCGACCGUGAGCAGCACCACCUAGGGAGUCCUCAUAACCUGAAUGUUGGAGAGCAACGGGAUAUAGUGCAAGACUUCCGUGAAUUUCUUCAGUCUCCAAGUAAUACAGCUGCAGGCAGCCUGAGUCGAAGUGCUGAAAACUCCUAGAGCAUUCACAAUAGUGGAAGUGAGCCACUUUGUUGAAUGAAAAAAUGGAUUUUUCUUCUUUUUUCCCACAAAGACUCUUAUAAGAGGAAACUGACCUUCAAGUGUCUUUCUAAUGUAGUCUGAAAUCUACUGAACUCAGGUUGUCUCCUGUUUUCUGGUUUAGCGUGAAUUGAAUGGGCAAAGUUUAUUGAAUUGUAUAGUCGUGAUCUUGUCCAGUUUGUACAGAACAAAGAUAUUCAGGCUACAUGGAUUCCAGAAUUUUCGCUUGGUUUGGUCUAGUUGGUAUAUGUUUAGCAGUUUUCAAAAUAUGUAUAGACUUUAGAAAAAAAAUUUGUAUAUAGAAUGGUCUUGCCUUAAUCUUGUUGUUAGCAAUAGUAUGCAUUAUCAUAUGUCUGCUUACCUUUUUCAAAACCAUACUUGAGGAUAAUACAUCACGAUGAAGAAUGUAAAUUUGUACAUCAUUUCCUUUGAUUCUUGUCUGCACACCCCUAUAUUCCAGAUAGUAUUCUGGAGUGCUAGUGCAAACUAUGUCAGUACUUGCAAAUAUCUUUAAAAGGUAAGUCUGAAAAAUAAUGACACCCAAAGAGUUAAACUAAUUUACAGAUUCUGUAGAAGUUUGUUUCACUAUGUAUUUAUUGUAAUUUUUAAAGAGUAUACCACUGGGUGUGCUAUUUGUAGAGAACAAAUCAUUUUAACAGAAAAUCUAAAUUGAUUUAUUGAAGCAGUGAUGGAUUUUUCAAAUAUUGUUAAUAACAGAUUUUAUACCAAUCUUGUGACUUCUUAUGUAAACUCCCACUUCUACAAGGUGCUGAUCUAAGAUUGUAAUUGUUGUGAUGCACCCCAUCAACCAACAUUUACCAGUCAUUUGAAGAUCUAACUUUGCGUGGAGUAUGUGGUCAUAAAACUAUGCAUAAUAAAGGGAGGCUGUCCCAGAUUUGUGCAGUGGAUCUCCUACAGACAGCAAUUGUAAGAAACUGACAGCAGUACCCUCAACAGACCUUUCCAAUUUUCUGUCCUUAAUUUAAAUGGAAAUAAUUGGGAACAGCCUUUUACAAGGAUGUCUUUUGACAUUAUAUUUGCUUUCAUUCAGUCCAAGAAACAUCAUCCUUUUUAUCUGUAUUUCAGAUCCCCAGCACUGCUACUGGUUUCACAAUUACCUGUAUUUUUAAUGAAGUAGACAUUUAAUACUGGGCUGGCUUAACAUACUGGUGAUAUUUUGUAUUGUUUGGGAAAAUUCACAUGCAGCUUAAUGUCUCUUCCAUAGUUUUUGUUUUCUUGGGCUGUGCUAAUUUAUUCCUUUCCUUAUUCCAGUGAGCAGUAUACACAAAAUAUUUUAGAUUCAGUCCAAGAAAGGAAGCACAAACAUUGGAGCACAGGUUUCAAAGAUUUGCUGACAAUAAUAUAAAGAGUACUUACAAGUAAUAUUUUUUAUUGAAUAAAUAUAAUCAAUUAGAUUCUGUUGAUGUGUACAUUAUAUUCCUAAUAUGAAUUUUACUGUUUUAUCAGUAUCUAAAGACAGUUACCACUGAGCAAUAAACCAGAACAAAACCACAGUUAAAUUGAACCAGAAAGCUAUGCAAUAAAGCAUUGAAUUUUAUCUUAACAUUUUGACAAUGACCAAAUUGCUUUGAUUAUGAAAUUUGAGAUUUUCUUCCUUGAAAUGUUGUUUUCUUUUGGGUCAUGUGGUCAGGGUAUAGACUUUCUAAUUUAUCUGUUCUUUACAUCUGAUUUGUGCCAGUUAGGCUGAUUUUGUAAGUAUUUGAUUCAGCAAAGAUAUCUUUAAAAAUGAUUCAGUCAUUGUCCUUGCUGUUAAAUUAUAAGUUUACUUUGAAUUACUAUUCACACCUGCUUUCUCUUAUUACUGUGGUUUUAUAUUUGAUAAAAAUUUAAUUUUUAUUGAAAUUAUCUGAUGAAUAGAAUUUUAUGCAAACUUUAGAAUUAAAUGUUCCAAUCCAAAUUAAUUUAAAACUGAGCAAGAACUUUCAUCAUUGCAGGAUGCAUUCUUUCAAAUUCUUGCUUUUUUUUAAUCGUUAUGCUGAUGAAUCAGAACAUUGAGAGCUCAAGCCCCACUCUGGGAACGAAGCAUAUCAUCUAGUCAGACCUAUAGUCAUUGAAUUAUUAAGGGAUUGAUGUGUUGUCAGAGGUGUCAUCUUUGAGCUGAGUUAUUAAACUGCUUCUGUUAAAUGGUGUGUGUAAAGAUUCCCUGGCGCUAUUUGAAUUCUCUUCGCAAUUGUCCCAACAAUUAUCCUUCACCAAACAAUAAAGAAAAAUUGUUGCUCA